AGCAAUGUAAAAAAAUCCGGUUGAAUUGACUCAACCAAUUUUGCUGUUUUGAAUACAUGUCAAUCGCUUCGCCACUCACUCAAUUCACCUGCUUUUAAAGAUUCUGCUCUCGCCUUUGCUCAUCUUCUCGAACACGCCAUCUUUUUUCUUAUUUGCAGCCUCAUUUUCUUCUCUACGACUGUCACUGCGCCACAGUUCCAUGUCUCUGCUUCUCCCAAGCACUUCAGCUCAAUGGGCUUCUAAUAAAUCUUGUAAAGUCCAAUGUUUGUACAGAGUGGUAGACACAGAUCAUACAACAUCUGAAUCAGCUGUUUUCCGGAAAACUUUUCUGCAAUGUACAGAGUUGGAAAAUAGAAAGAUUAGUCAUAGUUGUAGGUAUUUAGGGGUUCGGAAACAUAAUUUAUUUUCUCAUAAAUCAAAAAGGGCUCGAAACAUCUUCCAGUUAGCAUCUGCUGAUGAUGGUGUUACAGUUAAUGGGAGUCCUGAAGCUAGCUCAAGUAAAGAUGUUGAGGCGAUGAGAAUUAGUCUAGAUCAAGCUCUAAAGAAUGAGGACUACAAAGACGGGCUUGUCCAAUCUUUAUACGACGCAGCAAGAUUUUUUGAGCUAUCAAUCAAAGAGCAAAGUUCAUUGUCAAACAUGUCCUGGUUUUCAGCAGCAUGGCUUGGUGUUGACAAAAACGCAUGGGCAAAGACACUAUCAUAUCAGGCUUCUGUAUAUGCUUUGCUGCAAGCUGCUAAUGAGAUCUCAACGCAAGGGGAUGGGAGAGACAGGGACAUAAAUGCUGUUGUUCAAAGAAGCUUGUUACGGCUUUCUGCCCCUUUGGAGAGUAUAAUCAGGGAGAAGUUAUCUGGCAAGCAGUCUGUACUUUUUGAAUGGUUUUGGUCUCAAAAAAUUCCAGUGGUGAUAGCAACUUUUGUCAAUCAUUUUGAGAGGGACCCACGCUUUAGGGCUGCUACCUUGUCUAGCAAUAGAACAACACUGGGGUCAGGUAGUGGCAGUGAUAUAUCACGCAUUGUGCUAGCUUUGGUAUGUACUGCUACAAUAAUAAAGCUUGGACCAGCAAAGGUUUCUUGCUCACAGUUCUACUCCAUGAUCCCUGAUAUAACUGGUAGUUUGAUGGACGUACUAGUUGGUAAUAUUUCUAUACAUGAAGCUUACCAUGCAGUAAAGGAAAUUGGUCUACGCAGAGAAUUCUUGGUGCAUUUUGGACCACGAGCCGCAUUCUGUGGAGUAACAGAUGAUUGUGAAAUAGAUGAAAUGGUGUUUUGGGUAGAUCGUGUGCAGAAGCAGCUACAAAGGGCUAUAAGUAGAGAGAGAUUGUGGUCAAAGCUCACCACAUCUGAAAGCAUUGAGGUAUUGGAGAGGGACCUAGCAAUAUUUGGGUUCUUUGUUGCGCUUGGUAGAAGUACAAAAUCUUUCCUGGCUGCAAAUGGUUUUGAUAAAACUCCUGAACCGAUGGAAGGCUUCAUCAGAUACCUUGUUGGGGGAUGUGUGUUGUAUUAUCCACAGUUCUCUUCAAUAAGUUCUUACGAACUGUAUGUUGAGGUCGUCUGUGAAGAGUUGGAUUGGCUUCCUUUCUAUCCUGGCUACAGUAACACUAUCAAACAUUCCCCCGCGCAUAAAAAAAAAUCUGAAUCUCCUCCAAAUUCAGAAGCUAUACUACAAGCACUAGAUGUUUGCUCACGUUGGAUCCGUGUCUUUAUUAAACACAGUAAGUGGGUGGAGAACCCUUCAAAUGUGAAAGCAGCAUGGUUUCUUUCAAAAGGACUUCACCAGCUUGAGAGUUGCAUGGAGGAACAGGGGGUGCUAAAGGAUGACUUAGCAAGGAGCAAGAUUAAGAAAUCUGUUGAGAAAGCUGAAACUAAUUCUAGAUUCAGUUCGAGGGAAGAUCCGUAUUCUUUUGACAAGGCACUAGAAAAUGUUGAAGAGGCUUUGGUCAAAUUGGAAACAUUGAUCCAGGAGAUGCAUGUAUCCAGUACUGGUUCAGGAAAAGAGCACCUAAAAGCUGCUUGCUCUGAUCUUGAAAAAAUAAGGAAACUUAAGAAAGAAGCAGAAUUUCUUGAGGCAUCUUUUAGAGCUAAGGCAGCUUCUCUCCAGGAGGAAAAUGAUGAUGUUGCAUCAAUUUCUACUGCCAAGGGAAGCAGAUUGGGCAAAGAAGGUGCUCUUGUGCAGGACAAGAACAACAGUAGUCCUCGUGGCUUAUGGUCCUUCCUGUUCCGCCCUACAGUGAAGAAGCCUGGCGUUGAAUCUUCCAAGACUUCUGAUAUGACUGGUAACAGGUCCUUGGGAUUAUCUGGCCUAUCAAGUGCAGACACUGGAAAGUCAGAUGCUAGUGAAAUUCACCGUUUUGAACUCUUGAGGAGUGAGCUCAUGGAACUAGAAAAACGAGUUCAAAGCAGUACUACAGACUCUGAAAAUGAAGAGGAAAUUGAGUUUCCCCUUGCAGUUAGAGGUACUGAACUAGUACCUGUCCAGAAGAAUGAGAGCUUAAUUGGAAAGUCAAUUGAAAAGCUGAAAGAGACGAGCACGGAUGUUUGGCAAGGCACUCAACUUCUAGCUAUUGAUGUUGCUGCUGCAAUGGGACUCCUUAGAAGAACAAUAAUAGGUGAUGAACUAACCGAAAAGGAGAAGAAGUAUCUUCGUAGAACCUGUACAGACAUGGCGUCAGUGGUUCCUAUUGGAGUUCUCAUGCUUCUUCCUGUAACUGCAGUUGGACAUGCGGCAAUGUUGGCAGCAAUCCAAAGAUAUGUGCCAGCCUUGAUACCAUCUCCAUAUGGGUCAGAGCGUCUGGAUCUGCUGAGGCAGCUUGAAAAAAUGAAGCAGAUAGAUCCUGAAGAUUCAAAGCUUGAGGAGAAUGUAGAAGAAUCAACCUGAAGCUGAACCGAAUCAAGGAAAUCUUUAUGACCAUUGAUAUAAAAGCCAAAUGCAUGAUGUGAUCAACCUUAUCUCUUAAUUCUAAAAUCUUUAGCCAGUAAUUCAGAGUAAAGAAGUUCAUUCCAUAUGUCUGGAACUCCUGGAAGACACCAAUGGCUGCAGUCUUCUAUAGAGUGUUGUUGAGAAAGUGGCUCACGAUGGAUUGAUGGGUGGCCAUCCGCUCUUAACUCAGACAGAUAUGUAAUGUUUGAAAAAUUGACCUUCAUCUUGUCAGCUUCCAUUUCGUUGACAACGUCUAGUAUAUAUUGGUUGAACGGCGGGUCUUCCUGCAGCUUCUUUUUGCUUGUCUCAGGUGCCUGCCUAUCUCUACAAGUACCUCCUGUAUCCCAUGUUCCAUUCCUGAAAUAUUCACAAUCUUGUAAAUUUUGAAACAUAUUCCUCAAUUUUUUUCAUGAUAAUGGUGCCCAAAGUUAUAACAAUGUAAAAAAGCAUAAAGUGCAGUGCCUGUAAUGAACUGGAGCAUAGCUUCGAAAGAUUAUGUGGCUUCUUUGUGGAUUUAA